CAGACACACACACACCUUUGUAAAAUCUCAACAGGUCCACGGGGGUUUGGACAAGACCCUUCUCUCUCUCCUCCUCCUCCUCUCACGCUUUUCCUAUCUCUCCUUCCUAAAACCCAAAAGCUGUUGGCUCGCGCGCGUUCUGUCUAAUUAUUCCACACUCGCGCAGCAGAGUGCCGACUGCUGAAACCUCCGCACCACUUUCCAACCUCUUCUCUCCGCACUGCGAUUCCGCGAGGUGACGGCUCUCCUUGCGGAAACUAACUCUCCCAGAACACCUGAACAAGAGCGUUUCGUCAGGGCACGGAAACGUGUUUUAAGGAGCCUCAAGCAAACGACAAAUGCUCGAGACCCGCGUCCGGUGCCCCCAGACCCGAUGGGGAGGGAGACGAGCAGAGCAGUAAUGGGACAGUUUUCGGGAGGAUGCUACCUGAGUUUUGCCAUCCUCGUGCUUCUCGGUUCGCAAGUACCGGCCACGUUAGCGAGAGGUGCCCGAGGUGAAGCCUUGCAGCAUGGCCAGUCUGGGACAUUGCCCCACUUCCUGGAAGAGCCUGUCGAUGCUUACAUUGUCAAGAGCAACCCCAUCAAGCUCCGGUGUCAAGCUCGGCCCGCUCUCCAAAUCUUCUUCAAGUGCAACGGUGAAUGGGUUCACCAGAGCCAGCACAUGUCUCAGGAGCACACCGACCUGGGGACAGGGCUGAAGAUCCGCGAGGUGAUGAUCAACGUGUCACGUCAGCAGGUGGAGGACUUUCAUGGCCCAGAGGAUUACUGGUGUCUGUGCGUCGCCUGGAGUCACCUGGGAACAUCCAAGAGCCGCAAGGCAACUGUCAGGAUCGCCUACCUGAGGAAGAACUUUGAGCAGGACCCCCAAGGCACUGAGGUGCCUCUGAAUGGCAUGAUUGUGUUGCACUGUCGUCCCCCAGAGGGAGUGCCUGUGGCUGAGGUGGAAUGGCUGAAAAAUGAAGAGCCUCUGAGCUCCGAUGGUGUCAUCGAUACAAGAGGCGACCAUAAUCUCAUCAUCUCAGAGGCUCGCCUGUCUGAUUCUGGAAACUACACCUGCGUUGCCAGCAACAUUGUGGCCAAAAGACGCAGUGCCACAGCCACUGUUGUAGUCUAUGUGAAUGGAGGAUGGUCAUCGUGGACAGACUGGUCCCCCUGUAAUGUGCGCUGCGGUCGCGGUGUGCAGAAACGUUCUCGCACUUGCACAAAUCCAGCUCCUCUCAACGGGGGAGCCUUUUGUGAAGGCAUGUCGGUACAGAAAAGCACCUGCAACACGCUGUGCCCAGUUGAUGGCGGCUGGGGAGAGUGGAGCGAGUGGUCGCCGUGUAGUUCGGACUGCGAGAGGCAGCGCAGCAGAGAGUGCACGGCUCCGGAGCCCAAACACGGAGGACGGCUGUGUGACGGGGUGGCACUGGCGACUGAAAACUGCACGGGCGGCCUGUGCACACAGAAUCGAAAGUUGCUACACGAUGCUAAGCCCCAAGGUGUGGAGAACAGCAGCGAUGUGGCCUUGUAUUCAGGCCUGGCUGCGGGGGUGGUGACAGUGGUGCUGCUGAUCAUCGCUGUCACUCUUUAUCGAAGAAGCCAGAGUGAAUAUGGUGUCGAUGUCAUCGACUCCUCUGCUCUCACUGGGGGCUUCCAGUCCUUCAGCUUUAAGACCUCUCGUCAAGCCAACCCCCUGCUUAUUAAUUCAUCCAUGCAACCUGAUCUGACAGUGUCACGCACCUACACCAGCCCCAUGUGUUUCCAGGACUCCAUUGACAAGGAGCUGAUGGCCGAGCGCUCACUCCUUGACCCGUUACCUGAUCUCAAGGUCAAAGGGGUGGCAGAGAGGGCAGAGUACCAUGUCAUGUCUCACCCUCAGACAUUUCCAAGGGGCCUGGCUCCAGACUAUAGAGGAGUUGCAGUGGGCACAACGUUGAGCAGAAGAAGCAAAAACCUCUUCACUCCGCAAGUCUCUCUGAUUCCCAGCAGGCCUCACCACAAAGCAACUGCAGUGUUCGGUCAUGCUGGAGGCAGGCUGGUGGUUCCGAACACAGGUAUCAGUCUGUUGGUGCCUCAUGGGGGGAUCGCAGAAGACACUACCUGGGAAACAUACAUGAUCAUCAACCAGGAGGACAGUAGUACUUUGUGUGAGGACGGGCCAGAGAUCUUUUUGAGCCCUGCAGUCACGUAUGGACCACCAGGCCUUGACCUGUCCUGUCCAAUAGCCAUGACCAUAGCCCACUGUGGGGAGGUUGCUGCUGAUAAUUGGACCAUUCGGCUAAAGAGACAAACGCAGGACAACAAGUGGGAGGAAGUGAUGUCUGUGGACGAGGAGAGCACAUCCUGCUACUGUCUGCUGGAGGCCCAGAGGUGCCAUGUGCUGUUGGAGCAUCCAGGUCGCUACGCCCUGGUGGGGGAGCCGCUGAACCAGGAAGCAGCCAAACGGCUGAGGCUGGCUGUGUUUGGUAGUCCGGAUACCAGCAACUCUCUGGGCUUCAGCCUCAGGGUUUACUGUGUGGAUGACACGCCCCAUGCAUUUCAGGAGGUGGCAGUGGGCGAGCGCAGCAGGGGUGGGCGGCUGCUGGAGGAACCCAAAAUGAUGCUGUUCAGGGGGAACACUUUCAGCCUCCAGGUGUCCAUCCAGGACGUCCCGCAGUUGCUCUGGAGCAUCAAGCCUUUCACCACCUGCCAGGAGUUCUCCUUUUCUCAGGUGUGGGCCAGUAACCAGCAUCCCCUGCAGUGUGCCUUCUCUCUGGAGCGGUACAGCCACUCCUCGUCUCAGCUCUCCUGCAAGAUCAGCGUACGCCAGGUCAAAGGCGAGGAGCAGAUACUCCAGGUCUAUACGUCUGUGGUGGAGAAUGAAAAGGGAGUGGUUCCCUUUUUCACUCAGUCCGACUGUACCAUCACCUCUCAGACAGGGUCAAGGGCCUUUAAAAUCCCCCUGUCUAUCCGUCAGCGGAUCAGCGCCACCUUUGACACGGCUAAUGCCAAAGGGAAGGACUGGCAGCUCUUGGCUCAAAAGCUCCACAUAGACAGGAACCUGUGCUACUUUGCAUGUCAGGAGAGCCCAUCGUCAGUGAUUCUGAGUCUUUGGGAAGCCCAGCACCAGGACUCAGGGGACCUGGACUCUCUGGCCAGCGCCCUAGAGGAAAUCGGCAAGGUCCAGUCCCCGAGGACCGGCACACUUGGCUGCAGCAGAGAUGAGCAGGACUCUGAAUUCACUAAACUUGGGUAGGGCAGGUCUACAGCAGAUCAUAUCAUGAUGAACCUUUACUGCAUGAACACUGAUUAUCAGGUGUGCUAGCUAAGCUAUGGUGAGGAGGAGGAGGAGAAGGAGGAGGAGGAGGGGAAGCAAGGAGGACAGCAGGGAAACUCAGUUUUGGACUGUUUCUAAAGGAACAUCUCUGCUAAACCAAAUGGCAUAUACAGACACAUGGGAAUCAUGGAACAAGUGCGAGAGAGUGUUUGUGUUAUUGAGAGGCAGCAACAAAAAACAUUUUGGCAAAUGAAGGAAGUAUCCCACGCCCAUAUUUGAUUGAAAAAUGUCAACUCCUCAACACUUGGAAGCCAGAUUCGAUGACCUGUAUUCCAGGAUUAUGUGUAUCUGUGUGAAGAGGACUCUCCAUAUAGGAUGGAGUGUGUUUUAGACAGACUGCCAGUCAGGCUGGUGUUGUGACCUUCCUGGGAUCGGAUGUACUGGCACUUGCCAUCAAACAGUCUACUGGGCUGUCAAAAUGUUUAGCGUAAUGUCCUUAUGUUGUCAUUCAUUUUCAAGAUCUCCUGAUGCUUCUUUUUCUUUUCUGCUCUGUGUCUCUGUUGUUACUGCUGGAGUUCAAUGGAAAAAAAAAGCAAGGAAUGUAGGAUAUUAAUUUUGUCAUAUAGUAUCCAUACUGUGAGGUCAGAGACAGUGACGGCGAUUGUCCACAGUGAUUAGCAUUUAAAAGGAUGUGAUGACGUCCACAUGCUAAUGAAACAAGUAUAAGGAUUUACAAGAAAUGACACUGACGAUGAAUCACAUAGAUAACAAUCAUUUUAACAACAAAUACCCUCAUUCACACAGUGGAAAACAUGUUAAACCCCGUUAGCAUAACAUGUUAUAAAAGCAAAGGCUGCAGAGGACAACCUACCCAACUGAUCUGUGCUGCGUCUGGCAAUGUAACCCGGAGUGCACCGCAUUCCCUAAUGUCUAUUAAUCAACUUCUGGUUCUUUUGGAGGAAAUUAAUUAAUUAAUUUUUCUUUGUUUUUGAAUAUACGUUUUGACUUUUGAUGUGUGGCUUGACUUGGGGCUGCCUUUUUUUUCCUUUUUUCUUUUUUUUUUUUUUUAAAUCACAGCUUGGAGCAAAUAUUCGGACAUCAUUAUUUGGAGACACAUCUUAGAGGCAACUUUCACCCCCUCUCCUCUGUCUUCUAACAGGCAGAGCCAGAACAAAGAAAUCUUGCUCAGUGGAAGAUAUCCCCACAUUCAGUCACUCCACCUGCCCCUAAACUUAAUAAAGUGACUUUGUGUUGAACUCUGUGUUGGCCCUCUCUUUUCAUCUACUUAAUGAAUUCAAUUCUUGAAAGGCCUGACAUCCCACAUACUGUACAGUGGAGAAAUAAGCUACAGUAAAUCUUCAAAAAAAAAAAAAACACCUGCAUUCAGCAAAGAGAUGAAAUGGAGACCCAUACAAAGUCCAAUUUCCCGAACGAUGGGAGCUAUGUAAGCACUCUUCAAGUGUUAGAUGGCAUUGCCAAUUUACCACGUUGAUGUUGCAUUGUGUAACUCUUUGAACUACACUAAAAGGAAAACCUAUAGAGUGAGGCAGAGAUUGAGGUAGAUACUUAAAUCUCCUCGAAGGUAUUAUGUAUCAGAGAGGCUUCUCUCCAACAUGCCUGUGAGUCUUGAAAUUUGAUUAAAUUAGUCGCCCAGGCCAGGUGAAACUGCUGUCAUUCCUUCCUCAGUGUACUUACACGCGUAUUUCGACAUUUUAGGAAAUAAGCUAUUUACUUUCUUGCCAACAGUUAGAUGAGAAGAUUGAUGCCACUCUUACAACUACACCUACCUACACCUGAGCUUAGUGUAACAACUGGCAGCAGGGGGAAACAACAAGCUUUGCCUGAUCCAAAGAUAAUCAGAAUCUGCCCACCAGCAUUUCUAAAGCUCAUUAAUUAUCAUGUGAUGUCUCAUUUGUUUAAUUCAUAUGAAAACUGGUGUGUAAAAUCAACAAUUUACGUGGAGUUAUAUGUGAAACCUGCAGUGACUUUGUCCUGUUUCCAGUCUUCAUGCUAAGCUAACCAGCUGCUGGCUGCAGCUUCAUAUUUAGCAGACAGAUUUGAAUGUGGUAUCAACAUUCUCAUCUAACUCACAGCAGUAAAGCAAACAAUCUAAUUUCCCACAAUGUCCAACUGUUAAUUUAAUUGGCUAGGACUCCCAGUUUCUCCUCAAGCUGCCAAAGACGGAUGCAGAUUCAAGUGUGCUCAUGCAUGCUCCACAGCGUGUGGACCAAAUUCCUUUGGAUUUGUGUAUUAAUGGAAAUAUUAUGAGAUAUCCAACCACAAAGAUAUGUAUUUCCUUCUGUAGCUGGAGUUCCUGAAAAUCUUAUUUUCACUGAACCAUGGCUGCCAAAUAAUCAAACAGGAAAUCACGCAAACCUCUAUCAGCAAGCUUUGUCAUUCUAUCUGUAUGGAUCAAAGAACACCACAAACACAGACAAACCUUUAUAAGGAGGGGCUGAUUCUCUGCUAUCAGCUGGAAAGGUCACUGUGUAAGAAAAAAAAAAGCUUGGAAUACAUUUACACCUGGAAUAUACUGACUCAUAUGGGGGCCUCUCUCCAGUUGUCACAUGCUGAGUUAAACCACUUAUACAGAUGGUCGCUGUGGGACAGCAGGAAUAAAACCUUAACUAAGCAUGUAAAAUGCAGCUGACAGUAGAGUGAAAUAUCCUCCCCAUAUUUUUUGUUCAAAGUAGAUUAAUGGUGGGUGCAACCAUUGAUCUUUCAGUUAUUUUUACAAUUGAUUAAUUGGUUUGGUGCAUAAAAUGUCAGAAAAUAGCCCACGCUGGUACAUUCAAAUGUUUUGUCUCACCAACAGUCCCAAACGCAAAGAUAGCUACUUUAAUAUCAUAGAGGAUUGGCAUUACCUUACCUGCUAAUGCUACUAGUUUUUGGCUACCUGAGCUGCAAAGUUCAAAAGCUGGGUUGUAUGUGCUGGCUAGCGUAAAUCAAUCAACUCAUCUACUGUCAACAAAUUGCUUUUGAUUGAUAAAACUUUUUCAUAUGAGGGAGCAAAGUUAGCUGCAGAAGAAGAAUCAUGGUGUUUUCAGAGAUUUCAAGAAUAAAUAAAACCAAUACGGACCAGUUGUAAUGUCGGUGAAACUCUAAAUUCAUUGGAAAGUUUUGAAGUGAUCUGUCAGAGUUGUUUGAUGCCCUGACAGUGUUUUGGACUAGUCUUUGUUACCCCUUUAUGUAGCUACACUACCUUACCUACAGAAAGUGGAUAAUUCCAGUACUUGUUUCCUCCACUUGGGAUCAGCAGCUAUUUUCCAGAAACACAUGGACAAGAAUUUUCAGCUAACGUCUUGCAUGCUGACCCCUGUGGAUGAGUGUUUCCCACAGUGCCACCUGGAAGAGCAAUCUUACCUGUUCAAAGUCUGGUACAGGGGAGCUGCAGUGUCAGCUAAUGGUGCCAAACAUUGCUUUUCUUGGAGAAAAUGGUUUUUUUACUGUAGCUACUCUCAAGUGGAAAAAAGGAUCUGAAUUAUAGAACUUCUUCAGUUCUCAGAGCUAUUAUCCACAACAUUUCACACUGAUGUAUCAUCACUCCAUGAGCUGACUCCUUCAAAAUCAUGACUUGACCUCACUGCUGAGGCACAGAAUAUUUCCUGCAUUCUCCAAAAGGCCCUGUGAGGUAACUCAUUCCUGGUAACCUCAGAUUUUAUUCAAACUUUUUAUUUUCAGAUGGGAUGGGAUCAGUCAGGUCGCCUUGUGUCAUAAGAAAUGGGAUACAACAUUCCUUUCUAGCUGUGUACAGAGACCUUUAGGGGCAGGCACAAGGAUAAUAAGAAAGUAAAGUUACCACAGUGCAUAUAGGGAGGACAAGAAGGCACACAGAAGGUUUUCCUAUAGGCAUUUCUCCUGAAUUAACACAAAAUAACUCCAAAUGUCGGACUUCUCUUGAAGAGAGCACGCAGGCAGGUGCUCAGACACUGUUCCUCCAUCCUACACAUCACAGGAAAAUAUCAAAACCCCUUUCAACAACUCAGAAAAACUGAAGUUAUUCUAGUAGACUCAAAGCUUGAAAAAGGAAAUUUGUCUUGACAACCGCCCUGUUGAGUGUCUUAACAAGGAUCAAAAUGCUACAGAAGAUGGAUGAAAGCUGAUGGUCUACUGAGAAGCCAAAUUACCAGUUGCAUAUAAAGAACUGGAUUCUGAGACUUGAUGGAAAAGUCGUCCUGUAGAGAACUGGGUGUAGCCAAGGCAUUAUGGCACAUCAGUCCAGACCACCUUCAUGCCAAUGGACAGCACCCACUUUUCCACAUCACAGUGGAAAGUACUUGAUGAAAGUUUUACUUUUGUCAUCUUCUCUGCACAUAUGAUGAGUAUUACACCACACUCCCUAAUUUUGAAUGUUUUCCAGUCAGGGAAGGAACCACACCUCGCUAUGCAGAUCUAUAACGAACAGUGACGACGUUUUGAUUUAUGCCACCUCGUAAAGAUUUUAUGGACAUUGUUGGAAUUGAAGAUUAGAUUUGGAUUUUGUUUCAGGAAAUCAUCCUGUUCUUUCUUUCUUUUUUUUAUUGGCAGAAGGCCUUGAAACUUGACUGGAAUUGACUUUUUGGCUCAAGGCUUUGACAGCAAGAAGUUAUGCUGCCAAAUCUUACUCCAAAAACCCAGUUUUCUGUUCCCAGUGUGUCCAGUCAAAAUCUCACAUACCUACCUUGAACUCUGGAGUUUUCUCUCAAUUAUUGAACAUCAUGUUUUUUAGAAGAUAAAAUAUAGAAAGCCCUCUCCCUCUCAUUCCUAUACACACAGAGACAUACAGUAUAUACAAUACAUACAGAUGCAAAAUUCAAAAAGAAAUUGCUGUUUUUUGGGGGUUAUAGAAAAAUCACAGUUUUCUAACUAAUUGUGCCUCUCUAUGUGGGUUUUGUGUCAUCAGAAAGUCUGAUCAGAAUGUUUUUUUAUUAUACACCAUAUCAAAGAAACUAGUACGUUAUAUGCAAGCUGUGUUGUUCAUUGCCAUGCACAGUUCCCACCUUGUAUACACUGCAGAGGUGUUUCCUAAAGAAUACUGAAGCAUUUAAACCUGUUAUCUCUGAUGCCAGGAACUUACAGCGACAAUGAGCUGACUAAAAAUGAUGUGACCAUCUGUCACCUGAGGAUGCUCAGUGUGUCCGUCAGUGUCCUUUACAUAAACUCAAUGACUCAGUGAGUAUGUGUGGGUGUGUGUGUGUGUAUGUUUGAGUGUGUGAGGGAAAGUUGUGUGUAACUUUUAAAAAGCUGUACUACAUGUCCUUGGAAAAAUCCAGCCUACAGUAGUGCUACUAUUUGAGCUUAUUCUGAUGUGUGAAGUAAUGUGUUUUCCUCACAACGCUACUAUCUUAAGAUCUGCAUUGCUUCGGAGAAAAUAGAAAACAAUGCUAACUUAAGUCAAAUGAUAUCAUUGCAUCUGAUGUGGUGAAAGUUUCAUUUAAAAUUUUAUUACCUUAUUGUUUGGUUGUUGUUUCUACUUCUACUGCUUUUCUUUCCAUGAAGAAAAACUACUGCCUUUUAAAUCUUAUUCUCAUAUGAUUCUAUUUAUCAAAUGUUGAAUGAUUAUUAUUUUAUUCUUCAAAUACUUAUGUAUACUGUGUAAGGCAUUAAUGUAUGUUUGAUUUGAAACAUCUCGAUACAUUCUCUGUGCUCAACGUUUGAUUUAAGUGCUAUAGGAAUGUUUAUGUUAAGAAGGUGAAAAGUGACAGCCAUACUGCUUAUAACUGGUGGUGUUCUCUUUAGGCCAAGUUCUUUUUUCUUUUCUUUUUCAAAGGUUUGCAGUUUUGAAACUGUAUAUAUUGUAUUGUGUUGAAAUAAAUAUGCAGUGAAAGCAUA